UCUCCGAGCAGUCUGACCGGCUCCCCACUCCCCAUGGCGUCUUUGUCUCCCUGGGGACAUCAGCUCUGAGCUUCCGCUCGGCUCAGCCCAGCCCCCCACUCCCAGAGAUGGCACCGGGGGAGAGGAUAUUAUAGGGUGGCCUUCUAAACCGCGUCUGGUGGUGGAGAGCCCCUGGGAGACCUCCGCGGACACGUGGUGGACUCAGCACUGUAGGCCAGUGACAGCUGGAAGUCCCCCAGCCCAGAAACGUCCCCCCGCCUCCGGAUGCUACCGCUGCUCUCCCCCUACCCUUGGCGUCAGGCCUGCCUGGUAUCAAAGGCUGGGUCUGGAUGGGGAUGGCACGUUUGUGAGCUCACACCUCCCCUCUCUACCUGUCUUUUGUUUGCUCUCAAAUUCAGACAGCUUCAGACACUGGAGGGAGGGUGGGAGGGAAGACAGGUGGGUGCUGCUCUUAAGCCCCGCUUCCCUCUCCGAGAUGGAGAAAUGGAUCCUCAAAAAAAUAAAGUAUUUACAGUCUGGGGGCCUCUCAGCUUCUCAUUACAAUUACAAGGUUGAUUCUUUCAGGGAGCGGAUCACAAGUGAGGCAGAAGACUUGGUGGCAAAUUUUUUCCCAAAGAAGUUGUUAGAACUUGAUAGUUUUUUGAAGGAACCAAUCCUAAACAUCCAUGACCUAACUCAGAUCCACUCAGACAUGAAUCUCCCAGUCCCUGACCCCAUUCUUCUCACCAAUAGCCACGAUGGACUGGACGGUCCCACUUACAAGAAGCGAAGGCUGGAUGAGUGUGAAGAGGCCUUCCAAGGAACCAAGGUGUUUGUGAUGCCCAAUGGGAUGCUAAAAAGCAACCAGCAGCUGGUGGACAUUAUUGAGAAAGUGAAACCUGAGAUCCGGCUGCUGAUUGAGAAAUGCAAUACGGUCAAAAUGUGGGUACAGCUCCUGAUUCCUAGGAUAGAAGAUGGGAACAACUUUGGGGUGUCCAUUCAGGAGGAGACAGUUGCAGAACUAAGAACUGUUGAGAGUGAAGCUGCAUCUUAUCUGGACCAGAUUUCUAGAUAUUAUAUUACAAGAGCCAAAUUGGUUUCUAAAAUAGCUAAAUAUCCCCAUGUGGAGGACUAUCGCCGCACCGUGACAGAGAUUGAUGAGAAAGAAUAUAUCAGCCUUCGACUCAUCAUAUCAGAGUUAAGGAAUCAAUAUGUCACUCUACAUGACAUGAUCCUGAAAAAUAUUGAGAAGAUCAAACGGCCCCGGAGCAGCAAUGCAGAGACACUGUACUGAGGCCAGGGCCAGGGCCAGGGGACUCUGUGAGUCUGGCUCAAGACCGACAUUGCCUUGGUUUGUUACAUGACUAUCGUGAUGGGGAAACUGGCUGGAAAUAGUAAUCACACCUCUCUCUGUUUUUAGUUAGAGUCUAAUGAAACUCUCAUGUAGUUCUGUGA